AUGUCUCUGCUACCAGAACUCCUCUUGACGGUGUUAUUCGGAACCCAAGCCAGCUUCACUCACCCUGGCGUAAUCUUGCCACAAAAGGAAUUAUUAGGUGACACUGAACUGAAAAACAUAGUCAAGAAAUCACAGCGAAGUAGGGAGGCCAGAGAGACUUUGGGAUACAAUCCUAGAGUAUGGCGAGCAUUAACAGAAACUCUGAAAUCUGGAAAUGACCAACUUAUAGCCAACAAGCAUCAUCUACUGCCUAAGGUAUGGGAUUUGGCUAUACUGGGUAGAAACCUUUUGGCUGCCAAGGAAAAGGCUCAAGAUCUCUCAGCAGAGGAAGGGUUUGAGGCGGAGAUUCGAAGGCUGCUGGAUAUAUGCAUAGAGAAAGCUGGCAAACCUAUCGCAUCUGAUCUCGAGAAGCCGGCCCAUGACAAGGAGAUGCAGAUUAAAUCCGGGUAUAAGAAGGUCCUAAUAACUGCACUACAAUUCCUCAACAACCUCAUGACCCAAAAUGAAACCCGCAAACUUCACGUUUGGUUACACAUGUUUGGCACCCCAUCCUCGGCCACUCCAACUGCAAGUUCUACAACUACGAAGAGUACAACGAGUAAAAAAGCAAAGGGCUCUAGCAAGCCUCUGCCUUCAUCAGGUUCGGGUGUUGGUUUAGUUGGCAGUACAACUGGAAACUCUGGAGGCAGCCAUAAUGAAACCGUGGCAAAAUGCAAUUCUUUGUCAGCUGGCUUUAAUGCAAAGUAUUAUAAGCCUGGUUUUAUGACCGAGAUACCGAGAUUAUUACAACCCGAUGAGAUCGAGCCCUUGCCAAUGAUUUUGCAAAGUGGCGUGGUUGCGUUUGAGGGUACAGAUCAGGCAAUGCAGGCAGUCAGAUGCAAGUUGAUGCUUGCUCAGGGUUACGGGAGGAACCUCUUACGAGAGGUUUUGAUCUUCCUAGGAGCGUGGGAAGUUGAUGAGGAUGACUUUUGUUACAGAAUGAUGUCUCAGGUGAUUGAAGCUAUUUUGAUCAACGGUCUGGUACCUUACGCUUAUGAAUGCUUUAGGGAUGAAAAGGACAUAGUCACACCUGCUCAAUCCGUAUUACUAAAGCUUUUGGUUUCAGUCUAUCGCCCUUCGGCUCCAAUAGUGGGUACGUCAAGCUCGGACUCGCAGCCUUCCCCUCUAGAUCCAUUUAGCUUUCACCCCCUCUCGGCCCCCUCAGCUGUCGGUGGGUCGACCGAACAACACGAGGUUGCACCACCGAUUGAGAACUCUAUACCCGCAUUUUUCGUUGGAGUUUUUCGAAAGCAGGUCCUCCCUCCCACGAUCAAGAUAAUAAAGUUACAAGGAGCCAUUCGCAAAGGUCAGGAAAAGAAGGAAAGCUUUGAGUACAGCCUUUGGGAUUUAGACAGGAUAUAUGAGGGGGUUUAUCAAUUUCUAGAAUUACUCGUCCUAUUUUCUGAAGACGAGGAGGCCAAGAAAGUUCUGCUAGCUGGUGACAAGGGACUGGUAGCGGAUCUAGUGGAAUUUCUGGGAGAACUUGACAGUGCAAUUCCACGCUGGGUCGCUUCGAAGGCGCCCCCCCCGACGGCUUCCCCAAUUCCCGCUACUGUAAAAGAAAUCGUAGAGGAUUCCACCACUAAAGUCAGCAAAUCUUACAUGGUUGAGAGACCAUUCGAUGUUCACCCAGAAAACGAGGGCGAUGGAGAGGAAGACGAAGAGCGGCUCCCGAUAGAUCUUGACGAUGAUGAAGAUGAUGACGGGCGGGAUGACGAGAGAGGGCUGGCUGAGCCAGAAGAUUUUACGUGGCCACACAUAAAACGCUACCUGGUUCUCCUCUUGAGUGGGUUUGCAUGGAAAAAUAAAGCGGUGCAGAAUCUCGUUAGAGAGAAAGAGGGACUGCAGCCCAUUCUGAAUCAAUGCAUGAUUGACGAUGAUAAUCCUUAUAUUCGAGAACACGCGAUAUUAUGCAUUAAAAAUAUGCUGGAGGGAAAUCCCCAGAACCAGAAGAUUGUUGAAGAGCUUGAUGCUGUCCAAACAGUGCCUAGCGAAGUUCUUGAUAAGAACGGAUACGAGCACUUCAUAGAUGAAAGUGGUAGAGUGCAGCUGAGAAAAUUGCCAGAGCGAAAAAUGUGA